CAUUUGGGAUAAAAACGCUCUCUUUCUCUCUCUUUCUUUCUCUCACGCCUCUCUAUCUUCUCCUCCCUCUAAAUUUAGCAACCCUCUCCACCUUUCCCAAGUUUAGCAGGGAACCCCAAAAAGCCAAAAGCCAAAGGAAGCUCCUUUUUCAGAGAAAUGAGCAGAGGCUCUAUAAUUGACAGCAAUUAGUUUGGGUUUUCUGGGUUUUUAGAGGUUUUGAUCAAUUGGGUUUGUGGGGCUUGAAGCAAGAAAUGGGUCGAGGGAAGAUUGAGAUUAAGAGAAUCGAGAAUGCCAAUAGCAGGCAAGUCACAUUCUCAAAGAGACGUGCUGGCCUUCUCAAGAAGGCUCAGGAGCUCGCUAUACUCUGUGAUGCCGAGGUUGCUGUUAUUAUCUUCUCCAAUACUGGCAAACUCUUUGAGUUUUCUAGUUCUGGCAUGAAGGGAACACUUUCAAGAUACAACAAGUGUCUAGAGUCUCCUGAGGCUGCUGUAGUAGAAUUCAGAGCAGAGAAGCAAGAUUCAAAGGAGUUGGAUGUUCUAAAAGAUGAAAUUGCAAAGCUACAGAGGAAACAAUUACGGUUGACGGGUAAGGACAUGACUGGCUUGAGCUUAAAAGAAUUGCAGCACCUUGAACAGCAGUUAAGCGAAGGGUUAUUGUCUGUGAAGGAGAGAAAGGAGCAAUUACUGAUGGAGCAGCUGGAGGAAUCAAGAAUGCAGGAGCAACGGGCUACGCUGGAGAAUGAAACUUUGCGCAGACAGGUUGAGGAGCUUCGAGGUUUUUUUCCACCAACUGACCAGCCAGUCCCAUCUUAUCGCGAAUAUUACCCUGUAGAAAGGAAGAAUACCCUUGCCAAUCAUAGUGUUUUGAGUCCUGAUGUGCCAAGCAACUACCAAAUUGAGAGAGAGGAUUCAGACACUACCUUGCAUUUGGGGUUGCCAACUGAUGUUUAUCGCAAGAAAAAGAAACCUGAGAGAGAAACCCCUUCCAAUGAUUCAGGGAGUCAAAUGGGCCUCUUCUGAUCUCUUUAUUCCUGGCCAUCUUGUUCUGCUUGCAUUAGAAACGACAGCACUGAAAUGAACUUGAUACAGUUGAGUGUAGUUUAGUUGUUGAUGCCUCAUUUUAAGCAAUAUAAAGAAUAGAAGGAUCCUUAGGUGACCCAAAAUCAUCAAAGUGGAUAUAUAGAUGUUUCCUUUUAGGAGGUUUGGCUAAUGGAGAUGCAAAAUGUUAUAGGUAGUUUUUACCAGCCUUUGAAGCAAUGGUGAUGUACAUUGCAAAUUAUAGUAGUAGCUUUCUGUUUUAGUGUACCUUAGAAGGGGUUUGUAGUCUUGUAUUUUCUGUUGCAAAUUUAUCUUUUCUCUCUUCUCAAUAUUCUGGCUACAUUUCCCCCAUGUGCACUUGGAGGCUAGGCUUGAAUGAUUGCUUUAGAUUCCAACCUUUUUUUUUCCUCUGUUCCAAAGACAUAUUAACAUCCCAAGUAAGAUGCAUGAAGCAUUCUUUGAAUUAUAAUAACCUGACAACAACCAAGAGAAGGC